AAUCCCUCAUUGAAAACCUCCAAGACUGUGUCAUGUGAUCAUUAAAGCGCUAUGGCUCCCACUAAACCCCAUUGAAUAACUCAUUCACCAUACAAUUGGUUUUCAAAGUCUAUAUAUAUCCCAUCAUUGGGUUUACAAGCAACACAAAUCAUUCUUACCUUGAACCAUUAGAAUUCAAGUUCACUUCUUUCUUCUACAACUUCUUUAGAUCAUUAUAUCGUGAAGAAACAAAAUAAUAAUGGGUUUUCGUUUACCUGGUAUUAGACGAUCAUCAUUUAGUGCAAGUCAAUCUUCAAGCAAAGAAGUGGAAGUCCCAAAAGGCUAUCUUGCUGUUUAUGUUGGAGAUAAAAUGAGGAGGUUCUUGAUUCCAGUAUCAUUCUUGAAUGAGCCUUUAUUCCAAGAACUGCUUAGCCAAGCUGAGGAGGAGUUCGGUUUCUGCCAUCCAAUGGGUGGCCUUACAAUUCCCUGCAAGGAAGAUGUUUUCUUACAAACAGCUUUUCACUUGAAUGGUCUAUAAUUAAUUCAUACUACAAAAUAGUCAUCUGAAUGAUGACAUAGCACAAUAGGAUUGAUUAGUUGAGACAACUUUAGUAUCAGGAUUUUUUUUUAUGUUUCCUCUUAUGUGGAAAUCUGAAAUGAGAACUAACUUCAAUGAAACCAUAUUCUUGAGAAUUAAUCGGUUAUUUUUUAUGUCAUCUUAAAUACUUGAAUUUCAUUUUA